AUGGCCUCCUCCCCAUCCCCCGCCCCGGCGGCGGCUCCCACAAACCCCAAAAUAGCCAAAAUCAUCACCCGCCUCCAAUCCAAAAUCACCCCCGGCAUGCCCUUCGAGGCCCAAUACGAAGCCGCCCAAGAGACCCGACUCGUCGCGGCCCGGUACACCAAAUCGCAAAACUAUACCGCCGCCAUCGACAUUCUGUCCUCUGUCUCCCAGUCCCUCCUCAAGACAGGUCCAACAGGCGGCGGCAGUGGGGGCGAUCUCGCUAUCUUGCUGGUGGAUGUUUACAAGCAGGCUGGGCUGAAGGUGGACGCUACAAGCAAGGGGAGGGUGUUGACCUGUUUGAGGCUGUUUGACCCCGCCGAGCCGAACAGGAAGAAGUUUGUGAAGGAUGUGGUCGAGUGGUCAAAGAAGUACUCGGACUACCCCGCCGGCGACCCAGAACUUCACCACGUCAUCGGCUCCAUGUUGGCAGAGGAAAAAGAGAGCCUCGACGAGGCGGAGCGCCAUUUGAUCCUCGGCACCACGAAAGACUCCCCUCCUGUCCUUGCGCAGUUGGAGUAUGAAUGGUACAAGCAGGAUGAAACCCACACCGCGCCCCUUUACUGCGCCAGGGCAGUCCUUCCGUACCUGUUGAUGGCCAACCUCAAGGCGGCGACCACGUGCUACAAGGUGUUUACUUCACAGCUCGCCGCCGAGAACCCGUCUUUGGCUGUGCAAGAUGUUGGCGAGACCAAGAUCUUCCCUAGCCUGCCGCUCAUGAACUUUUUGGGGCUGUUGAUUGUGGCGGUGCAGAAGGGGAACAACCCAGAGGUGUUUAGGCAGUUGAAGGGGAAGUACAUGCCCACGAUCAAGGAGGCCACGGACGGGGUGUGGGACACGGCGCUGGAGCUGAUUGGGGAGAUGUACUUUGGGAUUCAGAGACCGAGGCAGAGCAACCCGCUGUUUGACAUGAUGGGGAGCUUCUUGGGGAUGCCGGGUGGUGGUGGUGGGAGUGGUGGGAGACCGAUGGCGAGGAGGGUGGAGGCUGCGCCGGCUGCGGAGGGGCUGGAUUAA